UUUUUAUUAAUAGAUUUCUGUGGUCAGUGUCACUGAUCUAAGUACGUCUUCACAAUAAUUUAAGGAAUUAAAAACAAGUUUUAAUGCAUAACCCAUUUUUAAAAAAUCCUCAUGAACAUUGAUUCAGUGUCUCCCAAUACCAGUUAUGCAUGAUUUAAAUGAUAACUUAUCUUGUUUUAUUUUUAAACCUUUUUUGGACUUAGGGUUAGGGUUAACCCUAAGUCCUGGAUGACUGAGAACAAGUAGGUAGAAAUAAAUAAAUGGGAAGUACAACUUAAACUUAAGCCUCAAAGCACCAGGGUUUAGGAAAAUAUACAGAUUUUAUUUUGUGGUUUUAAAGGCUGUACGUUGACAAAGGUAAGAAAUAAAGUCAUGUUUUCUUUUUUUCAAUCUACUGUCAGCUGCUAUGCUCUCUCUCUCCUCUGGUCUCAAUAUGGUAUGAGAGACAAUCUGAAAAAAAUCAAGCUCUUCCGAUCACAGCGUCCCAUAGUGCGAUGCUCCGUCAGAACCCUCUCCUCCCUCCCUUCGAUUCUACUGCCUCUCCUUGAUUGCAGCAGGAAAAUGAAGCAACACAUUUGCAGUUCAUUCGUGAAUCGAGCAGCAGGUUUAGGACGCUGCACGAGAGGAGAACCUCUGAGCUGCGGCGCCAUUGAGCGGAGGGAAGCUGGGAUCCGCUUUCUGAGCAGAUUGUCGCCUGGCUGUGUGGACGUCCUCUGAAAAUGCUGUAUGAUAAUAAUAAUAAUCCCGGCGCAGGCGAGAGGCCGCAUCUGCUCCAUGGCGAAGAGUGACGGGAGGGAAAAUGUCGCUUUUUCUUCUUACACCGGACGCUUCUGAGAUGAGGGAUAAAAAGAGGAGGAAGAAGAAAUCGCCAUUUGAUUUUUAGGUUCGGAUUACAGCACAUCGAGAUGGAUUCUAUUUAGAAGUGGCGGCGAGCAGGAGCGAUGAUUUGAUGCGGGACAUUCGCCACAUUCAUGGCGAACACAACAGAGUUCGGGGAGAGCAGCGCGUCCUUACACAGCUAUGCAUCCCCGGCCUCUGCGGUCAAGCUGGCCUCCCUGGGGCUCAUCAUGGGAGCGAGUCUGCUGGGCAACGCGUCUCUGUCGCUGCUGCUCCUGAAGGACAGUUCGCUGCACAAGGCUCCCUACUACUUCUUGCUGGACCUGUGCCUGGCCGACGUGCUGCGCUCGGCCGUCUGCUUCCCCUUUGUGAUGGCGUCUAUCGGAGCCGGUUCCGACUGGCCGUAUGGCGCGCUCAGCUGCAAGAUUGUCGCCUUCAUGUCGGUGCUCUUCUGCUUCCACGUCGCCUUCCUGCUCUUCUGCGUCAGCGUCACCCGAUAUAUGGCGAUCGCCCAUCACCGCUUCUACUCCAAGCGCAUGAACCUGUGCACGUGCGUGGCGGUCAUCUGCAUGGUGUGGACCCUCUCCGUGGCCAUGGCCUUCCCGCCCGUGUUCGACGUGGGCACCUACAAGUUCGUGCCCGAGGAGGAGCAGUGCACGUUCGAACACCGCUACGUCAAGUCCAACGACACGCUGGGCUUCAUGCUGAUGCUUGUGGUCAUCGUGGGCACCACACACGUGGUUUACGUGAAGAUGCUGUGCUUCGUUUACGACCACCGCAAGAUGAAGCCAGCCCAACUGGUGCCUGCCAUCAGUCAGAACUGGACCUUCCAUGGGCCCGGAGCCACCGGGCAAGCCGCCGCCAAUUGGAUCGCUGGCUUCGGGCGUGGGCCGACGCCGCCCACGCUGGUGGGCAUCCGGCAGGCGUCGCACCCUGGCAAUAGGAGGCUGCUGGUGCUGGACGAGUUUAAGACGGAGAAGCGCAUCGGGAAGAUGUACUUCCUGAUCACGCUGGCCUUCCUUGUACUGUGGGCGCCUUACAUUAGCGCCUGCUACCUGAGGAUAUUCGUGCGCGGGGCUCCCAUCCCGGAGCUCCACCUGACAGCCGCGGUGUGGAUGAGCUUCGCCCAGGCGGGGGCCAACCCCAUCAUCAGCUUCAUGUUCAAUAAGGAGCUCCGGAUCAGACUCAGAGCCUGCUUUUCCUGCUGCCUGGGAACACAGACACCCAUGGAGCCAUACUGUAUCAUAUGAA